GCAAUGCGCAGAAUCAGAUGCACCGGCGAUUCCACAGGGGAAGGGCGUCGUUGUGCGGUUGGCUAUAAAUCACGUGGCUCUCACACCCUGUCCACCCCUUACGCUAACGGCCGCGAAUUCGAAUAUCGAAAAGGCUAUCAUGAAUACUGAAGGGACAUUCAUCAUGCAGGAAGACAACGUUGAUGAUGAAGUUUUCGUUAUGAACGAAACAGCUGACGCGCUAGCUGUAAUCGAAGCAGAUCAAGACCGUUACCUAGUUGCGGGAAAUGAUAGCCUAGCUCAACACGGAGGUGGCUUGGAAAUCAAACCGGGCGACUCCGAUGAACUCAAUGAAGAAGAUACUAGAGAUCUGAACCCUUAUGUGAAUGUUGCCCCACGUAAUGAGGUUGUGAAUUUUGAUAUUGAAGACGAUGAUAACAUGCCCGCAUUGAUCCGCAUUAACGAUGAUAGGGGUGAACUACGGAUUUUCCUUCGUGUGGAUCAACGCCUCAAUGCUAUGGCGAGACAAAAUCCUCCUAUUAUCAUUGACCGUGCUGAUGAUGAUGCAGAUGAUGAGUCCGACAAUGAGGAGGAAAAUGGGGUAGCUGAAGUAGCCGAAGUACCCGAAGUAGCUGAGGUACCUGAAGUAGAUGAUGUAGAUGAAGUAGCUGAAGUUGAUGAAGUAGCUCAGAUGGCUGAGGUAGCUGAGAUGGCUGAGGUAGCUGAAAACCAACAGCAAAUUGAAGGAGGGGACCAUCCAAAUAACGGAGACCCUGUGGAAGACGAAGAGGCUCUUAUCUUGAGGGGUGCCCAGUAACUUCGUUACAGCUGCGCUCUAUCUUGCAACUCCGAUCGGUCACCUUUAAGGACAACGAGCAACCAGCUUCUUCAACAACUGAAGAUCACGAAAUUUUUUAAACAUCUAUAAUCACACAAUUAUGAUAGGGUGUCAUAUCGACCCUACCUAGCCGCCAUUUUAAUAAAACCAUCAUAUUAAAUUAAUUAAGCUUGGUGUAUUUAUUUUGCAAAUUCUAACAACGGCGGCUUGUAUUUCAUUCAUACUAAUAUAAUCAUUAUUGAAUACGUAUAUCAAUGUAAUAAUUAUCUGGUUAAUAAA